GUGCGCGCUCCCUCGGUGCAGCUAGUCCGUGAGCGUGAGUGGGAGGUGGCAGGCCUCAGACUGUGGCCUUCUCCACUAACUGAUCCAGCGCGACGCCUCCAGCCAUGAACCGGUUUGGUACCCGGUUAGUGGGAGCUACGGCGACCCCGUCACCGCCGCCGAAAGCCCGCAGUAAUGAAAACCUCGACAAAAUUGAUAUGUCUCUGGAUGAUAUCAUCAAAUUGAAUCGAAAGGAAGGAAAGAAGCAGAAUUUUCCGAGACUAAAUAGAAGACUCCAGCAAAGUGGUGCCCGGCAAUUCAGGUUGAGAGUACGAUGGGGAAUCCAACAGAAUUCUGGUUUUGGUAAGAAUAGUCUGAGUCGUAGAGGAAGAGUGAUGCCUGGAAAGAAACGUCCUUAUGGAGUUAUCACUGGACUUGCAGCUAGGAAAGCAACCGGAAUUCGUAAAGGAAUUAGCCCUAUGAAUCGACCACCUCUAAGUGACAAGAAUAUAGAACGAUAUUUUCCAGCGUUAAAAAGGAAGGCAAACCUUCUGAGACAAAAUGAAGUGCAGAGGAAGACAGCUGCAGUUUUCAAGAGACCUAACCAACUAAAUAGAAAAAAUAACAUUCCAGCCAAUUAUACCAGGAGUGGAAAUAAAUUAAGUCAUCAGAAGGACACUCGUCAGGCAACGUUUCUUUUCAGAAGAGGCCUGAAGGUUCAGGCCCAGUUGAACACAGAACAACUGCUAGAUGAUGUAGUAGCAAAGAGAACUCGUCAAUGGCGAACUUCCACCACAAAUGGAGGAAUUUUGACUGUAUCCAUUGAUAACCCUGGAGCAGUGCAGUGCCCGGUAACUCAGAAACCGCGAUUAACUCGUACUGGUGUACCCUCAUUCUUAACAAAACGGGAGCAAUCUGAUGUAAAGAAAGUUCCUAAAGGUGUCCCCCUGCAAUUUGACAUAAAUAGUGUUGGAAAACAGACAGGGAUGACUUUGAAUGAGCGAUUUGGGAUUCUGAAGGAACAAAGAGCCACUCUCACGUUCAACAAAGGAGGAAGCCGCUUUGUAACCGUGGGAUAGAUCCCGUGUCAAAAGAACUUUGGAGUGAUGACUCUGUUUAAAAAGUUGAAUUGCUUGAAGUUUAUCACAGAAAUUCAAGAAACUUUAUUUCAAAAUAUUCACAAGGCUAAAUUACUCUUAUUUUUAUUUUUGAAUUUUUUUUUUGUUUUUUUUUUUAAAUGUAUAAAUAAUGCCCUGAAAGAAUAACAGGGAAUAUACCUAUCUGUUCUUAAAGAUUUCUUGGUUGGCCCAGACAGAACAGUUCUCUGUUUGACUUUUUGGUUCCUCAUGAAACAGAAAGAAGACAGAAAGAUAGAAAUUAAUUAUUUUUAUGGUAGUGGUAUUUAAAAUCUCAUCUCCUUUGCCCAUUUUUUACACUUGGCCAUGAUAAAUCUUGGUCUUCAGAAAUAUGAGUAAGUCCCUUUGUUGCUGUCACUUAUUCUUUAAUAGUGUUGAUGUAAUAAGUGCAGUUGACUUCAUUAGAGAUAUUUAAAAAAUUAGAAUUCCACUUUUGUGUUUUAAGAUCUGUGGAAAUAUAUGGAACUUGGCUCAUUUUUCACAUAGUAUUAGGUCAAUCCUCUAGAGUUAAAAAUAUUUAAAGUUGAAAUUUUAACAAGAAAGGUGACUCUAGGCAUUAGUCUCAGUUUAAAAUGUUGCUGUUUGAAGGCUAUAAAUGCAUGUUUACAAAGUUAUCUAGUAGAGCCUUGGAGAAGGUCCAGUGUAAAAAUCUGACAGUUUGUGGAAGUAAAUGAAAAAAAACAUGAGAGGAAAUAAUAGGUUGAAGACAGGUAACUGAGGUGAAAAACUUUAAAACCCCCGUCAUAGAUAUACUGUUUGGAUUUAUUGUAGUCUUGAGUCUAGUGUCCACAAAGAAUUCUUCAAAUGGUAGAAAAAUUAUAAUUAUUAAAAUGGAUUGAGUCCCUUAGAUAUUUUGAUAGUAAAAUUCAUAGCCAUAAAGUCUUUUAUUUCCUUAUUAUUUGAAAAGUUAAAUCUUACCAGCAUUUAAACUUGCUAAAUUAAACAGUAUACAGCUCCAAAAACAAAACUAUACUUGUAUAUGUCACAAAGAAAAAAAUGCAAAAUGAGAAUAGAGUAACAUUGUAACCUUAUACCUUUCACUCUGAUUUCUUGUGUAAAGUUCAGGCAUUUAUGGUGAGAAAAGGUCCCCCGGCCCUGCCAUGCUCUGGAGGGGAAGGAGGUAACAGUUAGUUUGUUGUGCCAAGUUAGUGCUGAGUCCUCAGAUGGUUGUAAUCUACAAGUUAUGGUAUAAUGCCAGAAUGCAGCAAAAUACCCAGCUACAAGUUUGUUCAUUUUGAAGCUUAACCUUUUGACUUGCUAUAAUGUUAAAACCUCUAAAUAGGUGUUAGCUUCCCUAGAGUGUAUUAUUAGUGUUGAUUUUCCCUAUUAAAAAAACAAACAAACACGAAAAAUGAAACAAAACAUAAAGUUAUCACUCCUGCCUGCCUUGCAUUGUAUACUAGGUUUCAUUGUUGUCUCCCAUGCUCCUUGGGUUACUUGGUUCAUGCUAGACACGGAAAGCUAUCAAAAACAGUUCCAUGCUUAUACCAAAGAAUUAAAUCUGAUCCUUAAUACCUGGUAUUUUGCCAGUAAAUCUACUGAUAAAGGAUUAUUGGAAGCCUGUCACACAAUUUAAAAAUAAACUCUAGUCUCUCCUUAGGCCAAGGACUCACUGCAAAACAUUUUUGCAAGAAUGAAUACUUAGAUUUAAUCCAUGAACCAAUACAUUUUAGACUGGUUUAGAAUUUCUGAUAGCUUAUUUUAAAGCAGAGGAAAAACAACUGAGCACGAGUUUGCUGUCUAUAGAACGGUUUGUGAAAAUAUGGUAUAAAGAUUUUUUCAUUUUCUUGUUAUUUUAAAUAUUGUACAGAGCUAUUAUUAAUGCAUUUUUUUGGAAAAACCUUAAAAAUUGCCCCAAAUAUUGACAUUAAGGUCUUCAAACAACAGUGUCUUUGGUAUAUUAAACUUUUGCUAUUCAUGCAUCUGUAAUUUCAUUUUCUUUUUAAAUAUAAAAUUUUGCUUUCAUUACAACUAAAUUAAAAUUCUUCAGUGCUAACGUGUUGUAUAUAAACAAAAGAAUAUGCUUUCUUGGAGGAAAAUUUCCUUCUUUGAAUGUGGUUGUAGUCAUCCUUUUUCAGUUCUUAAAGUUUUUCUUUAAACAAGAUGCAACUUAAAUUUAUUUCCUUUGCAUCAAGGUGUAUGCAAAACAUUGAUGCAGUGCAUCACAAAAUGAAAGUUUGUAUUUAAUGAGGAGAUGCUUUACACUGUACUUUUUGGUGUUUUUUGGAGAAGUUACAUUUAGAUCUAUUCUGAAGCUGUUCAUUUUUAACAAAUAAAAUCUUAUAGGACUCAUGUGAUUUAUUCUUAGCUAUAAA